UGCGCCGCCCGCCCGCGCUGCGCGACAUGGCGGCGCCGUGAGCUGGUCACGGUGCCUGGAGUGCCUCGUGCCCGGCCUCCGCCGCUGCCCGGCCGUCCGCCAUGAGGAAUCUGAGGCUGCUGCGGGCCGGUGGCUGCCGCUCCACCGCCGCCAAGGGCACUCCGCAGUGCUUCUGCCUCGGCGCCGAGUCUGGCACGGUUCUUGUGGGCUCCCAGUACGGGCUCGUGGAGAUGCGCCCCGCCGGGAAUUCGGUAUCAAGAGAAGUUUCCCUGACUGUGGAUGGGUUCUUGCCUGAGGAUGGAAGUGGCUGUAUCGUGGGUGUUGAAGAUCUUCCAGAGCAGGAGAGUGUGUGUGUUGCUACAGCAGCUGGAGACAUCCUUCUGUGCAAUCUGAGCACAGAACAGGUGGAAUGUGUUGGAAGUGUGGACGGUGGUCUGAGUGUGAUGAGCUGGAGUCCCGACCAAGAGCUUGUUUUGCUUGCAACAGGUCAGCAGACACUCAUCAUGAUGACAAGGGAUUUUGAACCAAUUACUGAGAAGCAAAUCCACCAAGAUGAGUUUGGAGAAGGAAAGUUUGUUGCUCUUGGCUGGGGUAAAAAGGAGACACAGUUCCAUGGAUCAGAGGGGAAACAGGCAGCACAUCGUAAACAGACGGAAGUGUUACCAGCAUCAGCCUGGGAUGAUGGCAGGCCUCGGGUGACUUGGAGAGGAGACGGGCAGUUUGUUGCAGUGAGUGCUGUCUGUCCAGAGACGGGUGCUCGGAAGGUCCGGGUAUGGAGCCGAGAGCUUGUGCUGCAGUCUACAAGUGAGCCUAUCUCAGGAUUAGAGCAAGCGUUGUCCUGGAAGCCCUCAGGAAACCUGAUAGCAUCUACACAAGAAAAACCCAACAGACACGAUGUAGUUUUUUUGGAGAAGAAUGGACUUCUUCAUGGAGAGUUCACCCUCCCUUUCCAGAAAGGGCAGGUCAAAGUUAAUGAAAUGCUUUGGAAUGCAGAUUCUACAGUCCUGGCUAUAUGGCUGGAAGACCUGAAGGUGGAAAAGUCCAACCCAAAGACUUAUGUUCAGCUGUGGACCACAGGGAACUAUCACUGGUACCUAAAGCAAAGUCUACACUUCAGUAGCUUGGAGGAAAAUCAGUUGGUGUCACUGCUAUGGGACCGAGAGAACCUGUACAGACUGCAUAUACUCUGCCAGGGCUGGCAUUACCUCUUCUACGACUGGCACUGGAGCACAGACCAUGGGCUGGGGGAGAAUAGCCAACAUAUGGCAAAUGUGGCUGUAAUAGAUGGAGAUAAAGUGCUUGUCACAGCCUUCCAGCAUGCUGUGGUGCCUCCACCCAUGUGUACUUAUGAGCUCCAGCUCCAACAGGCAGUUAAUCAGGUUGCAUUUCACACAGAUCCCAAACAUAGUGGGGACAUGGUUGUCCUGGAUGCUGAUAACAGGAUCUCUGUGUACAGAUACGGACAGAGUACAGUGAAUGAUCCUUCUGUCAAGUUUGGAGCUGUGGGAGGAAAUGGCUUUAAAGCAGCUGUGGAAACACCGUACCUGGAUAAAACCUACAGAGUUGAUGUGAGCAGCAGCAGCAGUGAAGUGAUGAAUCCGCUGGGGCUCCGAUUUCUCACGUGGCUGCCAAAUGACAGCUUCCUGGUUGUUGGUCAAGGUCAGCAUGCUGCUCAGUCUGUCCUUCACCAUCUGACUGCAGUGCCUCACGUGGCUGGAGCUGAAGAAGAGUGCCUGAAUUUACGAUUGUCAGUGCCUGUAGAUGGAGAAGUGAUCAGCCUGUACUGCAGCCCUGUGACCAAAACUGUAGCUCUGCAGCUGACUGAUGGACGAAUCUUAACAUACCUGUGGGAGGCUUCUACUCCAGUCCUUGAGCCCUGGCAGAGUAGCAGUAGCUCUGCUGUUCAGUUCCCCUACUGUUGUGUGCAGACUUCCAUCACAAGGAUCAGCGGUGAAGAGGUGAUCUUGGGCCUCACAGAUCGAUGCCGUUUUUUUGUUAAUGAUACUGAGGUUGCUUCUAACAUUACAUCAUUCGCAACAUUCAGUGAGUUUUUGUUGGUGACCACCAACUCACACACCUGUCAGUGCUUCUGCUUGAAGAACUUGUCAGUGAAGGCCCUCCAGGCUAGCCUGAGCAGUGCUGCUGCACCCAACAGUGAGACCCUGCGCAAGGUGGAGCGAGGUUCACGUAUUGUCACCGUUGUUCCCCAGGACACAAAGGUGGUGCUGCAGAUGCCAAGAGGAAAUCUGGAGACCAUUCACCACCGUGCUCUGGUUCUUGCCCAGAUUCGGAAGUGGCUGGACAGACUUAUGUUCAAGGAAGCUUUUCAGUGUAUGAGGAAGCUGCGAAUCAACCUCAAUCUUCUCUAUGACCACAAUCCCAAGGUAUUUCUGGAAAACACAGAAACCUUCAUCAGGCAAAUAGAUUCUGUGAACUAUAUCAACUUGUUUUUCACAGAACUGAAAGAAGAAGAUUUCACAAAGACUAUGUACCCAUCUCUGAAUGGUAGCAGUAACAGCCAGCUACCCCAGCAUCCUGAUCAGAAAAAAGUAAACCUCAUAUGUGACGUGAUGAGAGUUGCCAUGGAGCACAUUGACCCUCAAAAAUACUGCCUAUCGAUACUGACAGCACAUGUGAAGAAAAGUCCUCCAGAGCUGGAAAUUGCUCUCCAGAAGGUUCAUGAUCUUCGAGAAAGUAUUACGCCCGAUGUCCAAGGUGUGAGUGCAGAAGAAGCACUAAAGUACCUACUUUUCCUUGUGGAUGUCAAUGAAUUGUAUGAUUAUUCCUUGGGGACGUAUGACUUCGAUUUAGUCGUCAUGGUGGCAGAAAAGUCUCAAAAGGACCCAAAAGAAUACUUGCCCUUCCUAAAUACCCUCCAAAAGAUGGAAACCAAUUAUCAGAGAUAUACAAUAGACAGACAUUUGAAGAGAUACGCAAAAGCUCUUGGCCACCUCAGCAAAUGUGGUCCUGAACACUUCUCUGAAUUGCUGAACUUGGUGAAGGAUCAGAAUCUGUAUUCUGAAGCCUUGAAGUUGUACCCCUCUAGCACUCAGGAGUACAAGGAUAUUAGUGAAGCAUAUGGGGAGUAUUUGACUCAGAAGCAGCUGUAUGAACAGGCUGCAUUGAUAUUUGCUCGUGUUGGCAUCUUUGCAAAAGCACUUGAUGCUUUUCAGAGCAGUGGCAGCUGGCAACAAGCCCUGUGCAUGGCAUCACGGCUUGGUUACACAAAGGAUAAGCUGUCCAGCCUGGCACGGAGCAUGGCAGGAAAACUAGUUGAACAGAGAAAGUAUGCAGAGGCAGCCAUUCUCCUGGAGCAGUACACUCAGGACUAUGAAGAGGCUGUUCUCCUGCUCUUAGAAGGGGCUUUUUGGGAAGAGGCUUUGAGACUGAUUCACAAGUAUGGUAGGCUGGAUAUCUUGGAAACCAGCUUGAAACCUGCUAUUUUGGAAGCUCAGAAAAGUCAGCUGAUCUUCCUAGAUUCCCAGAAAACAGCAUUUCUUCGCCAUAAGAGUCGCCUGCAAGUAGUGCGAGAGCUGAAGGAGAAGGCUUGUGAGAACCUGCAGGAUUAUGAAGUACCAAAUUGCCCAGAAUCGGAGCUUUUCUCUGAAACCAGCAGUGUUGUGACAGCCAGUGACAUGAACAGCAAAUACACACACAGCAAUUCAAGAAUAUCAGCGCGAUCCUCAAAGAACCGACGCAAGGCGGAGCGUAAGCGAUACAGCCUGAAGGAGGGGAGUCCUUUUGAGGAUAUUGCCCUUCUGGAAGUCCUGGGAGAGAGUGUUCGCGCUGUUGAGACUGUGAAAGGAGAGAUACACAUCCUUCUGAAGCAGCUUGUGCUCUUUGGUUAUGAUGAGCAAGCUGGGGCACUGCAGCAAGUCCUGGAAGAGGUUUUGCAGUUGAUGGUGGCCUCAGUCCCAGAAAUCUGGACUCCAGACCUGCAGCAGAGCUCUGUCAGCCUGGUAUUGGGACCCAAUUCAACUGCAAACAGCAUUAUGACUGCUUAUCAGCAAAAGAGGAUGAUGCGUUCUGUUGUACAAGAUCCAGAAGUACUGACUCCACCAAAAUUCAAUAAAAAUCUACAGUGGAAGCUGCAUCUUCUCCAGUAACCAGAAGCCAAGGAAUCCCUGUGGACUCAGAGCUCAAACUUUUCACAUAAUUUCAUUAUAUCUUUGCGGAAGCUUUUGCUGUUCUGAUGUUUCUGAUACACUAUUCUUAGGGCUGUGCAAGUGACGGAUCCCUCCACCUGGCACAGCUGUGACUGUGACCCACAUGGUGUCACACUUACAGGCACAACCACUCAUGUCCACUGCAGAGGUGGCUUGUGAGGCUGGGGAGCAAAAGGAUGUGCAGCUCUGAGUGCUCCUACUUACUGUUCCCUGCUUCUGGACUAGAAAAAACCCACUAGUAUUGGGUUUUUUCUGCCAUCCCUGCCUCCCAGAGUUGAUACCUUCCAUGAUGACAGGCCACAUUUUAAGCACUUCGGCCUGCUUUAGAGAACUUACCUGUAAGAGUGUACCAAUACCAAAUUGCUGUAGUUGCUAAACAAAUUUUGUGUUUUCUCUGCUGAAGCUGGGUGUUGCUGAUACCAGAUUUUCAUCAUUGCUUUGCUACAUAAGAGCGAAUCCUGCAGUGCCAACAGCCAUUGUUGUAUUGAAACUGGGCCUGUUCACACCAGGGAGGUCUUGGACAGAGGAAAACACGAAUAAAAACAGGGCGGAGGUGUUGGUGUCCCACUCUGCUGGGCAAUACUACCCUAAUUAUCUGAGAUCAAAGAAGAUAGAGUAAUGGUGCUUUAUGGCAUUGACUGAUCGGCAGCUGUAUCCUGAUAAUGCUGUGCACUAUUGCAGAACUAUGUCAUCUGUCAGCUGUAUCCUGAUAAUGCUGUGCACUAUUGCAGAACUAUGUCAUCUGGAAACUAGUCUUGUACUGAGAAUUAGGUUAUACUUCUGUCAUCUGAUUCAAGAAGUAACAGCAGUAGUUCUGGGAGCAGAGGAAGGAGACAAGGCUGGAAACCCUCUCAGUGGUAGCAUCCCCUUGGUUAAUUUUGGCCUGGCAGCUGCAGUGUUCAGGCCAUUUCCAUUGGGUUCUGUAGAAGAACACCAUACAGACAAGGUGCUUACUGUCUGUUGGAGCAGUGAGCUGUGUUCUGACUGCACAGCAUGAGCAUGUGCAGUGCUGCAGGUGGCAAGAACUCCCAUCAGAUUGAGGUGGCCAUUAGGUCUUGCACCAUAUGUGCUGUGCUGGCAUGGGCUUGCUGGAGGGGAGUGGUAAGUCUUCUGUCAGUGUGAAACAUUGGAGCACAUCUUGUUUCCAGUUGUUCCGAAUUGUAUGGCCUGUUCUGGGUUGUGUGGGGAUGACAUAAGCCUGCUGUCAAAUACUAUGACUAAACUGCAAAGAGAUUCUCCAAGAGUAAAGCCCUUCCAGAUGGCAAAACACAUUAAAGUCUUUAUGGAGCAAGGCUGUUUCGUGGAUCUGGAUAUUCAGAAUGGUAGCAGAGCAUAGUCCAUGGUGAAAUACAGAAGUCAUCUACCAGAUCUGGAGAAAGGUUUGCUGAGGGAGCAGUGCUCUUCUGCAGAGCAUUCUGGCCCUGCAACUGAAAUGUGAUACUGACACCAGUAAUUCCUGACAUUCCUAAAUCUGAUGCCAGGAAAUGCUGAGGUCUUGCACAACUGAAUCUAUUGUCUAGAAAGAGCACAAGAAAUAAUGAAAUUGCCACUGGCUUACUGAGGAUGCAUGCUUGUGCCUAAGUAUAUGUAUAAUUUCUUUUGCUCUUCUAUCAUGGUGACUGUGAAAGCCAAAGACCCUUUUGUGUUAGGUGUGCUUUCUUGUUCUCCCACCAAGGCAAAACCCCUUUAAAUUUGCCAUCCAAGUGAAAGACCAGUCUUCUACAUCAUUCAUCACUGAAUUCUCACUGUCUUCCCUUACACCUUUCUCUCCUAAGUGAACAUGGAGUAAGUUGCAGUAGAGCUGGGAGCAGCACCUAGUGUGAGUGAGUUUCAAGGGGGGAUAUCCUGCUUCUUACUACUAUUGCAGUUGCUGAACCUUAAUUUUAUCUCAACAGCAGCACUGAGCCAGCUUUCCCUUGAUUUCUGUUGCAAUGUUCUUUUGCUUUCUUAGUGAUGUGUGUAAUCUUGAAAUAUGCUCAGCUUUAAUUACUGUCAUUACAGACACAUUGAAUUUGCUCUUAAGAAUUCUGUGGGGGCUCCUACAGUUACCAGAAAUGGAAGUAAACUAUUAAUGCAGAAAUACGGAGUUAACUUUAAAAAUGUCUCAACCUCUGAGCAAAUAUGGCUGUAUGGAAGCCUGUUUCUCUUGUUAGAUAUUUCUCACCUGUCUGCUGAUUAGCUUCAUUAAACACAAAAGUAAAAUAAAUCCAUCAAGUUCAGUAGAAACUUUCAAGAAGAGAUCCACAAAGAGUGUGCUUCAUUGAAGCAAUAGAUUAUAGUUCUUGUUAGAUUACCAGUGAUAAAUGCACCUGCAAAAUACAAGUGUAUGAUGCUUUGUAGAAAUGUUCCCAGGUAUACUCCAAUGGUGUCACAGUCACAGAUCUUUCCAAAGAGGCAUCCAUGCUCUGGAGAAGAGACAAGUAAGACCCUUGACUUGUCUGCAAGGUUAUGUUCUCAUCCUCUGCCUUGGAGGCUUUCAAAUAAUAAAUUUAUUCCUUUUGGGAGAAACAGAGAUGAAACUGUAGUUUUAUAUUCUGUAACUGCAACUCUUAAUACUCAUUUACAAAGGAAGUUCUCUCCCCCUCCUCUCCAUUUACAAUUGCAAAGAGAACAAAGGCAGUUCAUAAGGGUAAAAUAGGACUCUUGCACCAUUGUCACCUGAUAACCUGACACCUGACCAGCCCAUGUUAAUCCCUUCACCAGGUGAAUCUUGUGGCACAUCUCAUGGAAAGUCCUCUACCACAUCUUCCUUGGCUUUAGGCCUCAUAGAAGAUAAUACAGCUCUAGAGAUAUAAUUACAGCCAGGGGUGGAAAGGAGAUGCUUUAUCAUCACUGGCUGAUGAGUGUUAUGCUGCUAUUCUGAGGCUCUCUUGGAACAAAGAUGUCAUAGUGGUUGCUCGCAGUCUCCUGUAUGGACUUACCAGCUGUAGAGGAAAGAUUGAAGGAAGGCUGUGGGUCCCCUGCAAAGCCACACAUGAAAUAACUUGUCACAAAAUCUAUGUUCGCUGCCUUAGUUUCCUUCGUGGCCUUGAGGCUACCCUUAUAGGUGGCUCCCCUUGGUUGGCUUCAGAGAGCUUGUGCCCACUGUUGCCAUUCCUGUGGACCUUUCCCAUACAGUGAUGACCUCACACAGUGAGUGUUGGACAUGCUGCCAUCUCUCUUCCUGGGGUCAAUCCUGGUGACAGUGGUUCUCCUGGUGAUGCCGCUGAAAACAUCAUACAUAGUCUUGUCCCUCUGAAUUAUGCUCUGCAUUUGAGUGUGUGGCAACUGUAACUCAGCCGCACGCUGUCCCCAGAUAGAUGGAUUGCAGGGAUUUAUGCUUCACUCUGACCUGCUCUGAGAUGUACUAAAACCAUACCUCCCACCCAGAUGUGAUGGGCCACGGGCCAUAUGCAGCACAUUUCUCUGUGAAGAAGCAUGUCUUCUCUUUCUGGCCUGUGUCUGCUAUGAGGAAGACCACAGCUCUCUAGCAUUUGGAACUGACUUUGGUUCAAAUUAGUUCCCAUUGCAAAGCAUUAGCACUUUACCUCUGGAGCCAGCUGAAGCCCAAUUUGUGUCAAGACUGAAUUCACAGGCUGGUUGUGCUUUUGUCAUUGUUCCUUACUCUCUUAAGUUUUAUUUUGUAAUUUAAGGCAUAUUAUUACUGAUGUCAGCAAUAGCUGAACUGUGACUGGUGUUUUAAAUUAGGCCAUGGCCAACCUUUCACCUUACUGUAUGCCAUUCUGGUAAAAGAUGAAUGGUUUAAGAAAAGAUUUUGCACAGAGUUAUAGGACAACAAUAAAUACUUUAAAGACCCAGAACAGUGGGAAAUGGCAAGGUUUUGCAGAAUAGUUUUGAAACAAGUAGAGAACACAAACAGAAAUCUUACAUAAGAUACUGGACACUGCAUUUGGCAACAUUCUAAAUGUUUUACUGAAAUUAAUUAAAUCAGCUAAAAAAAACAUCCUUUAGAUGAACUUAGCUCAUGUGAAAGCCGUAUCUCUAAAGCUUAGAUUACCCACCUCCAAAUGGAGAAUCCUACCUACUGAACACGCACAAUAAACUCAAAACAUAUUGUACCUUUAAGUUGAAGCAAGCAAAAGAUUGUCCAAUAGUUACUGAGUAGGCAGUUAUUUAGACAUCAGGUAAGUGCAGACUUGGAUAUUUUGAAAAUAUUUUAGCUAUACUGCUUAGCUAGAACUGGGUGUGCUAGCUCUGUGGAUUCACCACCCAGCACCCAUCUCUGCAUAAGCAUGUAAUAAACAUGAUCCUCUGUGGAUCAGCUUCUUGCAUACCAGGUAGGUUGAAAGAACAUAUUUUUAAGGACAACCUUACAACAGCAACAUCUUUAUUCUUUUCCAACAACAUCAACUUCUUAUUUGCCCCAUUUGAGUGGGUACAGCAACAUACUGCUGCAGGGGGAAACAGAAGAAGAGGACACCCUCUCCCUACAGAAUGUGUUACUGUUAGGAGCAGCAUUUUGCUUGCAUAGCAAAAGCUCUGUGCACUCUUACUGAAAGCCAUUUCACCCAGAGAGUGUCUUACUUAACUCAAAGCUGAGCUUAAGUUGAAAGAUGAACUGUACAAACCAGAUCCAGACUGAAGAGAUUUUUAUUAGUACCGUUCUGCUGCUUCUGGAAGUUCACAUCUUGACAACAAUCAAAUUAUUAGAGGCUCACUAAAAUCCUGAUUGGAGAAAUAGCGUGGGAUUAAACCAAAGAAUUUCUGUACCAACUUCAACAUAUGCAGACAAGCAACUGCAAACCUUGAUAGUUUUAUUACUCUGGGAAGCAGUAAAGCUUGUAAUUGUGUAUUAAAAAUAUAUUUCACAAAAAAUGUUUAAAUACAUCCUUGUACCCAAAAGAGAUUUUUGCUCCACUUAGAGCCUGUCCCUUAGCAGAGGGGCACUUCAGCAGCACUGAACUGUCAAGCCUUUCAGUGGCACAGCAAAGUAGGGGUGAUGAGCUGCUGCUCCUUCCUCUGCACUGACAGUACAUUCUGUCAGCCACACCAGUGUCUGCAACAUUAACACGAAGGUGGAACUUCAGUGGUAGGCAGAAAACAUCAAGAGAAGGACCUCCAAAUCAUUGUUUCUUUCCUUUUUCAGUAGAAACCUACAUCAGGGCUCAGUUCAGCUUCUUAAUUAAAAUAAGUCCUUUCAACCAAACAAAGCACUUCUCCCAGACUUCAGUUCACUUACAGAUUAGUGUGGCUGUACCACAACAAAACUGCAACCAAAAAGCUUCCAUUUCAGAAUUCACUUUAUUUAUAUUUUUAGUAGGAAAGAAGAAGAGGGCUUAGGUUUUUGUUGAAGCUAUUACUAAAUUAGUAUGCUGCUGUUUCCAGGCCACUUUUUUCCCCACAUUACAUUUGUCAUUCUAGUUAAUAAACAUACAUUUCCAUAAA